AUGUCUGAAGGAAAGAGCAGUACUGACAGUGAUCUGAAGCUGAAGUCAGUGGUCAACUAUGAUGACAGUGGUGACAGAGAAGAAGAUAGAGGAGAUUUGCCUGCUCUUUCAAUUGAGAAGCUAAGCCGUAAAGUUCCCAAAAGGAAACUUCUUAUUCUUUGUCUUGGUGGGCUGCUGUGUCACAGGGUCUGCAUUAAGCGCGGUUCCGGUAAUGUUCGGACAAAGCGCAGACCUGAUGAUGCCUACGGAAGCUUUCAAGGUAUGAGGUCCAAGCUGUUAUUUGCUUGGGACCAAGAAGAAUGUACUGACGCAGGAUUCAAAACCUUGGAGGACAAAAACAAGCCUAUCUUCCUUAAGGAAUUCAAGAAGCUCUCUGCUCUUUCAUGGUGCAAGGGGCAGGAUACUUCCUUAGCCACUUUGCUGAUUGAUAAUGACCCUUACAAAGCACUUCUAAAUCCUGGUGAUCUUCGUGUCUACUUGGAAGGGCUGGCAGAUGAUGAUGAUGUUCCUACCUAUGUGAAGAACCAUCCUUUUGGGAAACCUGAAGUCUCUCCAUUGCAUCCUGACUGGGAUUAUUGCUCCAAGAUCGUUUGUCGUCAUGGCAAGGAAUCGGUUGCUGUCAACUAA